AUGACAGCUCCACAUGAUCAAACAAAAAAUGGAACAAGGUAUGCAGUCGAUUUAGGUGAUGGUGGUCCUGGUAAGAAGCCUGCAGCUUGUUUUAGAGUUCCCUUCGGUUCCUAUUCGGUUCCACCUUCCAACGGUGCCAUCUCUGGUGUUGUGUCUACAAAAUUAGGAACUAAUUGUGUGUAUCGCCCAGAGUGGAAUCUCACUCAUGGGUCUCUUCUGACGCAACCUUCCAACACUCAUGAAUGGUCAACGGGUUAUCUUCGCUAUUUGGGUGCCGACCUGGCGGAGUUGGUUGUUGUCAAGAUAGAGCGUGAUGAGCUUAGAGAGAAGGUUUGCCUCCUUCAGGAUGAGAGAAACAAUUUCGAGGAGCGUUAUGUUGUUCUAGCUGGAGAGAGUUCUAUUGUUGAAGACCAUGUAACUAGAUUGGAUGGGGAAGUGGAGCAUUUUUUCCACCAAGUGCGAGAUCUGGUGGCGAGGAAAGAAGCGUUGGAAGCGCGUGUUGCAGCGCAGUCAGUGCAGGCAUUGCAUACUGCCAUAAAGGCGUUCUUGGAGAUAGAUUCCACCUCGUACCUUCGCCUUGGUGAGUUAGACUUGGCGGGACUCCGCCAGCUCUGUUUGGAUCUUCAGGUGGAGGAACGUCCUCAGACAGGCUAUCCGAGGGACGUUGAACCUUCUUCUGCUCCUCCUGGCAGUUGA